UUGCAACUCGGGCCAUUGUCAGUAGAACACAAGAGCAAUCGCAGACGUAAAACGUGCACAACAUGAAGGCUGGACUCAGGAGUGUCGCCUCUGCAGCUGCGAAACGCUUGUCGCAUGGCGGUGGCGGUGGUGCGAGCAGCAUCGCUAGCUCUAGCCGCUUGACGACCAAUCCUGCGUGCUCGUCAUGUGCGGCCACAUGGCGUUGUCAAAGAGGUUUAUCGUCCACUUCGGCCGCACAGGACGCUCGGCCGCCAGCUGUCCAGCCACUCUCGGCAGCCGCAACGGCGCCCCCGCAAGGCGUCGCCAUCUCUUCCACCCAGCCUACCUAUCUUAGAAUCCCAGACGAGGCAGCGCCGGCGGGAAAGGGGAAUAAGAGCCUGGUGGUCCCGCCGACGCCGCCCAAAGUGUUCACAGUCGCACCUUCCCGCGCUCCCACACACGGCGUACACGUGGCGACUCUCUCGUUGCAGGCGUAUGGACCAUCCCUUGCCUCCCUCGACUUCUUCUGCAAUUUUGCGCGCCACGCGGCCUUUGCGCUCGACAUUUCCGCAUCGAACGUGGCGCGUCUGCCGACGCGCACGCGUUUGUGGACCGUGCCCAAAUCGCCGUUCGUGCAUAAGAAGUGCCAAGAGAACUUUUGGAGAAAGACACACAAGAGGGCCAUCAAGCUCUACGACGCCAAUGACGAGACGGUGAAUCGGUGGCUGCAGUUCUUGCGCAUAUGGGCCGUGCCAGGCGUCGGCAUGAAGGCGCAGCUUUUCCGAUAUCAUGAGAUUGGAGUUGGCACAAGAAUGCUACGAGAGGCAUUACAGCCUUACACUUCAGGUGCCGUCACUGACAAGGCAGAGACUCGCAGCUCAUCCUCAACAGAAUCAGCACCAGUGGAACCAUCAGCGCCGAGCGACACGCUUGCAUCUGCAGCAUCGUCAGUGGUUAACUCCGAAGAGCGGCUUAAAGCUCUUGCAGACGAGAUUCUGAAGAAUGACGUCUUCCAGGAAGAAGAGGGUGUUACUGAAAUCGCUGCGGCGGGGGAUCCGGAGGUGCCAGGCUCCGCAGCAAAUAGCUCAACAAGCGCUGAGCCAGCACAGAAUGAGACUCCAGCCAAGUCGGGCUCAAGCAGUGCCGAGCAGGUGGCAGAAUUGAAUCCGAGUGGGAAUCAGGCGGAACGCGACACAGGCGUGGCUCAGCAUACCGGAGGUGCAACAGAGACUCGCACAGCAGCUGAGGACUCAAAAGCAUUCUAGUCUGUCGCUGUCGUGAUGGAGGAGGCGCAUCAGAUGGCGCCAGCAGAGAACAAGCAGCCAGAGGCCACAGAGAAAUAAUCCGUUGUCAAGAGGCGUAACUAGUACAAUAGAUCCAUCGCAUCGCAUUGUUCAUUU